AUGUCAAUGUACAAGCUCACUCCAACAUUCGCCAGCGAUUUCGAGGUGCACCCGAAGAUCGCGUGCUACCGCGUCGCAUCCUACCACAAUCCGGCAGCCGGUGCCGCUGAAUCAUCAGGAGCCUCGCAGAAGGCUGAGACAGAUCCACGCAAAGCAUUGGAGCAAAAGCAGCAGGAUCUGAUCGCUCGUCUCAAAUCUCAAACCGAGCAACUCAAUAAGCUUCUGGUGAGCUUGGCACCAGCAACAGCUCAGAAGACCUGUCAGAAGCCGGCUCAGACGCCAAAAAGCACCGGAAAAGCGCCAGAAGCCGCUGGUUCAGCUGCUCCAUCUGGAAAACUCGACAAAGACGCCAAGAAAGAGGCUCGCAAGGCUGCUAAAGCAGAAGCUGUGAAGAAAGUCGGUGGAGCGCCAGCAGCAGCUAAAGGAUCAAAAACCUCCACCCCUUGGACCGUCGAAGACGAUCGGAAGACGUGGGAGACGAAUUUGACAUUGACAGUGAAUAUUCCAGCGUCUCUCGUCGUCUACCCACAAGAACACCUGAAAAAUGUGACACUUACCGUCAAAGAUAGCGAUUUACCAUGGGUUCGUGCCCUCGCGAAAGUCGGUGAGAAGCGAGGAGUCGCUUUCGAAGGAGACGUCAAAAAUGGCGCGAAAGAGAAGAAGACAGUGGUGAAAGUAGUGAAAGGAGGCGCUGUCGCUGCACUUCAAAUCGAGAAAACCAACGUGAAGAGCCUUCAAACCAUCUGGAAAGUGUUGGGAAUGGCGUUGGGAUUGUUCUCGAGACGGGCGGCGCAAGUGUUGAGUGCCAGUCAUCAAGCGAUUUGGCUCAAUAAGGCCGAACAAAUCCUUACGGGCGCCGGCGAUCUCUCCUACUCGACCCGCGAAGCCUCUCAAUUCUUGGCUCGCUUCGACUCACUCAGCUCUCAAUGGGAAGUCUCCGUCGCCGACAUUGUCUUCAGAAGUCUUCUGAAUACCGCCGAAAACCAACCGAACAACGUGGAAACAUGGGCGAAGAAGAUCGACGCACUGAUCGGAUAA